AAGCAUCAAAAAUUUGUCAAGCUGGUAAAUUGUCAAAUCCUGCCACACUUGAAAUGAUCCCAGAAUGGAAUCUUUUUUAAAAUUAUAACAUAAGUCGGGAGGGGAUUAAAGAAAAUACAUUAUGGCGGACAAUUCAGAGGAGAUCAACGAUGAGAGCGAACAUGAGCAAAAUAUGAGCGGAAAUUGCAUAGGAUAUUACACAAGGUCGAAACGGAGGAAAUUGGAUACAGAUGGCGAAGAGGUUUCCUGCUUUGGCAAGGCUUCCGUCGAGAAUAGAAAAAGAAAGAAUCCUAUCAUGUUCGUACCUACCGAAAUUAUCCAGGCAAUAUUCAGACAUCUCUCUUACCAGGAGCUAAGUCAAAAUGUGAGAUUAGUCAACCAUAGGUUCAAACUAAUUGCAGAGGAUAUGUUGGAUAUGACAUUCAAGAAUGUCGAAAAGCAGUUGAUACGACUUGAACGAACCACAGAACUAUCACUAGCGUAUACGCAAGAUGAUAUGGAAAUCAAAUGCAUCACCAAGUUAUUAAACUUUUUGGAAAUACUCAAAAUGCAGUAUGCGAUCGUCAUGACCACCUUAUGGAGGUACGUAUAUAAUGAAUUCUACAAAGUACCUAAAACAUGUAUGUAUGCUGGACAGCUGAUAGAUGCAAACAAGACAUUCAUUUGGACAUUUUUACACUAUCCGAAUCAAUUGUACGCGCCGGCAGUUAUCAGGGAUUAUGCAUUGCCUGUAGAAGUGACCAAGGUCAUCCAGUUGACCAAAAUGUUCUGCGUACAUUUCGACAAAGUAACAGAGGAGCCAAUGCCGAAUUGUCUAAAUCGUAGCGGUUGCAAAAUUGUUGACUUACUGAAUGCUGCAAAUUUUGCUCAGAAAACAACUAUAUUCGAGAAGUCUACCAAGGAUUCAUUUAUCGGACAGUAUACAUAUUAUUUCCGCAACGGCUGGUUCGUGGCCUUGCCAUGUCCAUUAGCCAAAGAGAUGGACUGGCCCCAACGUCAACGCAUGAUGCACAUGCGACUUCGAAGAUUGGUGCUGGCUCACAACGACAUGUUCAUGCAGCAAGCUCAGUAUGAGAGGGAACUGAUGCUGAGACCGGAUCCAAAUAGCAGGAUUAAGAAGCCCGGGAAUAAUGUCUACACGGGAUACGGAGAUGUUGGCCAUAUAUUCUUCUACUAUGGAGUCAUGAAUGAUGGUGCAUUUGCGCAAAAAUUUAACAGCGAUGAAGACAACGAAGAAGAAGAGAAUGAUGAACUAGAUGUUGGUGCCGCUCAAGAUGCCAACCUCCCGCGAAUGAAUUCGGAUGACGACAUUUUUUACAGGAUCCCAUACCUCGGAUUCCGAGCGACGCUGGACGUGAAAUGCCCCCUGUCGUACGCACCACGGUCUUUUCUAGCGAAGAUGAGUGACGAACAUUUGGAGCAAUUGAAGAAUAAUCCCAAAACGAAGGGCCCUACAAGGAUCAGAGCGAUAUUCCAAUGCGAAGGCGCUUCAUACCCUCGAUUGCCCACCAUGUACGACUAUGAUUUCAGACCUGCGGCGUCAACAGAGUCGCAGUCAUAGUACAAGUUAUCUCAAAAUAAAGUUCGAAAACUUGGCAGCCACAUUUUUUUAAAGAAAAAUGUUAUACUAAGGUUACAUGAGAAAAAGGAAAUUAUAUGAUGACCUUAAAUCCUGCGAAUAUCACAAAAUAUGCGUUUUCUGAAAAAGUACUUACAAGAGUCAUUUAAAGGCUACUCUUGUAAAUUCGAAUAACAACCACAAUAUCCCAAUUGAAACUCCUAAGGAGCUAAGGAGGUACUGUUGCGUCUUGUAGAAGUUCGAAUUUCGCUGUUUUUUCACUUGAAACUUACAGAGGGUAAUUCGAUAGAUCAUUUUAAAUGAAAAAAGUGUGGAUGAAGCACGCUUGUCUAGAGCAUUUUUUCCCAAAACACUGCAUUUUUAGCAGUUAUUUUCACCAUUAUUUCCACCGCCAUCUGCCAUAUGACGUUGACGUCUGUGCGUAUGUCAUGUAUGAGAGGCGCUUGCCUGCGGUGUUGCCGGAUUGGGCCCCGCAUUUAGGGAAA